AACUUCUGAAGCCACCAACCAGCUGGCAAGAUAAGAGAGCUCAAAGUCUCUUGGGCCAAAACUCUCCAGUUGAAUAAAAUGUUGUUCAGUCGAAAUCGGAGACCAUCAGAAGCUAGGUUAGGAGUGGCAGAUGUUAGCAAUGAGGCCUUGGCUGCACCGCCUUUGCUCUAAAUGUGUGGUCAAGCUGUUGCCUCUUCUGUGCUUGAGUCUGAACUGCAGCACUUUCUUAGCAGCAACAGUUUCCCCAUCUGCAGGUCCCCGGGUCAAACUCAGCUACAGUUUUGGCCGAACUUUUUUGGGACUUGAUAAAUGCAAUGCCUGCAUUGGAACAUCCAUUUGCAAGAAGUUCUUUAAAGAAGAAAUAAGGUUUGACAGCUGGCUUUCUUCCAGUUUAAAACUCCCUCCCAGCUACCUCUCCUACUACUCUGGGAACUACUCAGAUGACAGCAUAAGUUGGCGGCCAGUGGAUCUCUCCAGAUUAACCACAAAAUACCAGCACGACCAAGCAGACAAGAGGAUUUGCACUUUUCUUACCCACACAAAAAGCUGCAGCAUCGAGCGAGUCUUGUGGAAAACAGAGAGAUUCCAGAAAUGGCUAAAAACAAAACGCCUUACCCCUGACCUGGUCCAGGGUCUGAGUACACCGAUGCUUCGCUGCCCUUCACAACGGCUGCUGGACCGAAUAGUGCGGCGAUAUGCUGAAGUAGCAGAUGCUGGUAGUGUCUACAUGGACCAUUUCACCGACCGGGAUAAAUUGCGCCUCCUCUACACACUCUCAGUUAAUGCACAUCCCAUCAUGUUACAGAUUUUCCCUGGAGCAGAAGGGUGGCCAUUUCCAAAAUACUUGGGGUCCUGCGGCCGGCUGAUAGUCACUACCAGCACCAGACCUUUGAAGGAAUUCUUUGGCUUGUCUUCUGAUGUGGCAGCAGACCUAGCUCUUCAGCUCCUUGCUAUCAUCAAUUCCAUGCGGAACAAUGACCUGAACUAUUUAUUCUACUUUACCCAUGUCGAUGCUGGCACAUUUGGCGUUUUCAACAAUGGACAUCUGUUUAUCCGGGAUGCCAGCACACUGGGAGUCAUUGACAAGCAGGAAGGCAAGCAGUUGAUGGACGGACAACAGGAACAUAAGGACAUAUUCAGCUGCCUGGUUACAGACUGCCAGUCUGAGCUUCCCUCCUGUAAAUCCAUCAAGGAUACACAAAGCCUCAUCAUGGUUUGUGAGGAACUUUUGCCUAAACUGUUAAAGGAAAAAUUUCUGCCUCCUGUCCAGGAGAAGAUUGACAGAGCUCUGAGCAGGUGUGCAGACAGUUUUCUAACUGACCAAGAAGUAAUCAGGGCAGCUCAGGUGCUGGAAGAGAUUUUGAAACCUCUGCAGACUUGCGAUCCUCGUUUUGCCUACCGCUAUCCUGAUUGCAAAUACAGAGAUAAACCCUAAAAGGAAAGCUUGCCGCCAUCUACCUACUUCUUCUACCUUUGAAGUCAAAAGAAUAGAAUCAUCCAGGAAAUCCCCCAGUGGGAGGCAAACACUGAUUUUGCCAUCAUUAGACAUUCACUUUGCAAACAUUCCAUGAUGAAACUCAGUGGUCCUGUUAGGGUUGCUCUUCAAAGGCAACCUCUGUGAGCUCCUUGUUACUGGCCACCACAUUCUAACUUCUCACAUUUACCUUGCUUUUACAAAUGCCUUCAGCAAGAUCAAUGCAAAUCUCACAAGCUUGUUGUUUAAGAGCAUGCUAAAGAUGAACCGAGCCAUUGUUACAAUGGUGACUUUCUUUCUAGGAAGCUGCUCUCUAUGGCUGCACAGACUUUGCUGACUACUUGUAGGUGGUGGAAUCAGUUGUCCCUUUCAGGACAACAUAGACAUCCCUGCCCUGCUGCAAAUCACUCUUCCCUUUCCUCCACUUCUGUUGGAAACA